UUAAUUUUCGCCACAUUCGACAUUUAUAUCGCGCCUCCUUGCAGCUGUGCCCGAAGUACGUCUCUUCCUUUCUGGACGCGGUGCUGGGCGGCGACACGACGCCGCUGUGGAUGUGGUCCUCCUGGUCCGGCCCGGUUCUCGUGAUCAGCAUCAUCAGCGCCGCGAGGCUGUACGAGGCCACCAAUAUGGCGGCUCAGCUGCAAGACCAGUUGGUAGCAGCGGCUGGACCCUGGAACAGACGCCGGAUGGACCGUGCCAGAGGUUGACGCUGCGGCGCCGAGACUGGACAGAGUAGUGCUCGCCCGAGGGGGCCAUCGACCGCGGAAACUCCCCCCAGCAGUAUGCUGGCGGGGGAGUGAACGUGUUUCUCAGUCACGCGCAAUCUGAUUCUUUUUUUUUUCUUUUUUUGUUCACCCCUCGUUUCUACCUCAAUUAAAAAAGUAACAUGUCCGCAAAGUUCUCGUUAGCACGUUAAGGCAAGGGCAAGUAGUUGUGACUGUGCCUACUAUACCUCAUACUUCGAAACUGCACAGUCGUACACGAGUUUGAUCUGCCACCCAAACUGUGACCCACAGUGUUUUGGUGGUCGAUAAUUUGCUGCGGUCAAGAUGUACUCGACAGAAGCUACGAGAUCGCUAAGUUGCAUAUGUGCUGCUUUUGACCUCACUUCUUCCACCUGUAGCGUUCCGUUAUCUUUUUUUUUUUUUCUGUGCUUGGAAAUUGAAAUUUUACCGAACGGCGGGGCCAUAGAUAUUGUUGAAUAGCAGAGAGAAUAAAGUAAGGAGUAAAUCGAGUAACAAGAUUAGGAGAAUGAGGGGAGGAGGUCUCAAGAAAACAGUUUAAUACAGACUCGGAUAGAGGCAAGCAAAAACGAUGACAACACGGACACAGAAACCAAGGGUGGUGAAAACUGUCGCCAAAACUCGUCAUCUUCGGUGCUGCUGUUUCAAAACACUACUAUUAUGCAGUGCGGUGUAACUUCCUUUUCAUUCGAAAGUUUGCCCUGCGGCAUAAAACCACUAAUGCAUGUUACAUAUCGACAUGUCGCUCGUUUUCUUCAAUGAUGUCCAAUAGAGCUCUAUCGGGCCGACAAUUGGCAUAUGGGCGUUAUUUUGGUGGGCGGCUUGAUUAUAAUCCCAUUUUCGAAAGGCGUAGUGCCUUAUAGUGGGCUGCGUCCGAGAUUACAGGCGACAAUCAAGUCUUUAUUUUGCCCCUUGGGAAGCUGCAGUGACGACACUUAAUUGUUUUUCUCCGAAUUUUGGCCUUAGCCGAAAUUCGGGGAAGUGCAAAGUGAGAAAAUGCUGCGCUGAAUAAAGACCUUUUUCUUUUUCUUCUUUUUCUUCUGUAUUUUUCUUUUGCCGCUAGGUUUCAUCUUACGCAAUGCAGAUAUGGCUGGAAUAGUCAGGCACAGACUUGAGAUUCCGAACGCUGCGUUGUAGACAAGCAUUGGAUUUCGAUUUGCACAGGUCUGGACUGGUUUCCUCUCCGUUAUGCACAUUAGGUGGAGAAGUUGCAAGAAUAUGGCAAGAAUAGAUCAUUCGUUCUUGCCUUGUCAUGAAAGUGUUGCAGUUUUUUUUUUCAGUAAAAUAUUAGAAAUCCUUAUUUACAGCCUUCUGAUUUUAUCAAGCCUUUUUCGUUGGGAUCAAUCACGGAAAUGCCUUCCCCACUGUGAGACAAUCUCACUGAAACCAAUCUAAAUUGUUCCUCCUUGUUCAUCGUUUACCUUGUUUUUCACGCACCAAAAGUUUUUGGGAGCCCAUCACAGUGCCCAAAUUGUUAAGUCGUCUCGCCUUUGGCCGUUUCAUGACAAAACUUGAAUAUUGACCAUACUCACACCGUGGACUUUCAGGUCACCAACAUUUAUGCCCACCCACGUGCAUUAUUUCGCCGCAAUUGUGCGGCGUUUUCACAUUUCUCAUGUUUUAAUAUCUAUUUUAUGAUUUCAGUACAGUUUGUCGUACUAUUCGUACUAAUUCGGGCUAAUUUCGUACUAUUCUUGCUUUUGGCAGCUUUCUUUUUUUUUUUUUUGCAAUCCGAAAGGCUCUAAAUCGAGCUUGUUAGUACGGCUUUAUGGUGGAAAAACGAUUGCAUUUGCAUUUUUCUUACAGGGUUGCUUUCGCUUAGUUGUUUUCUGCUGCCCACCCAAUCCUCGGCUCGUUCUCUCUAAGUGGGUACGGGCCAUAUGAUUGAGGUUCACCAUCACAAUACUCGAGUGGUCGGGGAGCGCGAACCAUGAGCCAGCUGCACGUGAGCCAAGAGAUGCUUUACAACUGCAUGGCAUCCCUCGCUAACACUGCGGCGCAAAGACCUUCAAGGCGCAUCGAACCAGUCGAGGUGCUCAUCAAGCUCAAGAAGUGUGACAAGAAGGAGUACGAGCACUUCACAAGCAGCGUCAGGCUCAAGCAUUCCCCGAAGCCUUGUUUUCGGGUCUGCAUCGUCGGCGGCGAGCAAGCCAUUCGAGAAGCCGCGGCCAACCAGUUGGAUUUCUUGGACUUGCCGACAUUGAAAGAAAUCGGCAAGGUCCCCGCAGUGGCCCGAGUUCUCGCUAAGAAGUACGACGCUUUCUUGGUGUCGAAGCCUCUACUCAGCCAGUUCAACGCCUACUUGGGCUAUGCUGUGGUGGGCGAGCACAAGGCGCCCGUCGGAUUCUCGCCCGAACAGUCCAUGAUGGCCAAGAUCAAGGAGGUCGAGAACACAGCCAAGAUUCGCUUGAAGGCAUGUUGCCGUGAUAGCUUCUCUAUACCUUUCUAAAUGUUACAGCCGUGUUGUUGCGGUCACCAUCGCUAGUACUAGCAAUACCUGUCAUCGGUCGUGUCAUGUUCAUUGGACCGAUUCUCUAAAAGUAGAUCACCGAAGGGGCGGGCAGGCUUUCUCAAAAGCUGACGAACAAUCGUCUGGUCAGGGGGCAUGCUAAAUAAGGCAAAGGCAUCCGGUCCCCGACCAAAUCAACGUUAAUUUACAUUUUGGAACCCAUACUGGUUCCUUGUGCAGUAGACACACGACUUCUUGUCUAAUGCGUCGUGUAAAAA